ACGUCCGCCAUUACGAGUUGGCUCCCUCGGCGCGAUCCGUUGUUCUUAGAUCGGGGAAGUUCGGGAGGGAUCAUCUCAUUUUGGAAUGUGGGGUGGUUUGAACAAAGCAGCAGCUGCCAGUCUCACGAGGCAGCAAGAACGGUUCUGCUCAUCCAUCAAAGAUAUCGACGACAAAGAUCAAGGAUGGGGAGAACUUGCUGAGCGGGAAGAGUCAACAGAGGUCGGCUGGGGAAAGUCGAACGGCGCGACUCCCCGAUCAUCGAAUACCGGCUGGGGCAAUAAAAACACGACUUUUGCAUUGCGAGGUUGGGGCGCAAAGCGAACCCCAGCACCCUCGCCAGAUUUGAAUUCAAAAUCGGGAGGUCAGACACAACUGAUAGAGACGGUCGAGCCGAGGUCUCCCGACCUUACUUUACCGAAGAGUAUCGAUCCACAGAUGGUCAACGGUCGGGGUAGCCAGCAACCCGUUGCAGGGAACGCGAAGACCAGUGUUCCUCAUGUGAUCAAACAACACAUAGCUCUCACCGCCGGCCGCUUGCAAAAGAAUACACCAGCCAUCUCAUCACAAAGCGCCACGGUCGAUCCGGCAUGGACCGUGCAGCGUCCUCCGAGUUCGACAGGAACGGAGCGCCAUUCUGGACGAGUUGAAACCGGCAUGAAGGGAUUCCCCGAUACCUACAAUUUACCAGCUUCCCGUGGUAAUGGCAUCCGAAUAGGGAGUGCGCAGUCAAAGCCUCUCCUCAAUGGUCGGAGUCCUCCCGUGCCUCCUCUACAGACGCAAACUGGGAUGACCCGCUUAACAGAAGCCCAGACUGCGGUACGAGGGACUUCGGCAAGCCCGACGCGAGCGACUGUGUCGCCCCCGAAGGCAGCUGUGGACACUUCGGCCUCAAGUGUCGCAUAUCCGCAUCAUAGGCUGGGAAGCCCAGUCGUUCGGCAACGAGUACCACCGAAGGCUCCGGCGCCAAAACCCGAUAUCAUGGCAAUGAGAGAGAAUCCGAACAUCCACACGAGAAAUCGCGUCAGGGAUGCGGAUAUAUUACCUCGAUCUUCGCAUCCGGGGUCUCGGUCCGUAGAGCACAACCGCAUCGAUAUGUUUGUCGUCGUCAGAAGACAGUGCGAGCGAUUCGCAGAACUAAUUGCUCUUCUGAAAGACAACCGGCACCGAUUCUAA